AUGUCAGUUCCUUUCAAGCGCUACAAUGGCGACCGCAAAACUUGCAUUUGCCAAUCACUUUAUAUAUACUCUUCUCAACGGUUCCCCCUUCUCAUAUCCAUUUAUAUCUGUAGUGGUCUUCGUUUUUCUGCUCUUAAUCUUCUCUCUUUGCCACCACCAUUUCUUCCUUUCUCUGCACGCGACCACCUAUCUCUUGUGUUUCUCACGGUUGCCUUCGCUAGAUGUGGGUGUUGUUUGAACAGUUUUGGAGAAGCUUCUGAUACAAUGAGUGGUGGUGUUGGUGGUGGGUGCCCCUGCCCCAGGGGUAGUAGUGAUGGUUCCAUGGAGGAUCCCAAUGGCGAUACGGUGGGUACUUUGAAUCAGAAUGCAGGGAAGCCUCCGAGGGACCAUUCGGUUAUGCGACAUUUCAGCAGCUCUUCUUGGUCUGCUGAACCGGAAUCAAAUAUUAAUAUUAUUGGACUUAAAUCAAGCCCAGAACAAAAAUCAGACCUUUCACUUGUAAUGCGAUCUGGAAGCUAUUCUGAUAAAGGACCAAAGCAGUACAUGGAGGAUGAAUUCAUAUGCAUUGAUUUUCUUAGUGAAUGUGACGGUCUAGGAGCAAACCUUCCUUCUCCUGCAGCAUUUUAUGGGGUAUUUGAUGGACAUGGUGGUGUUGACGCGGCAUCAUUUACGAGAAAGAACAUUCUCAAGUUUAUAGUUAAAGAUGCCCAUUUCCCAUCUGGCAUUAAGAAAGCAAUUAAGAGUGCAUUUGUGAAGGCUGAUCUUGCUUUUAGAGAUUCCAGUGCUCUUGAUAGUUCUUCAGGCACCACCGCUCUAAUAGCCCUUAUGUUGGGAAGUUCCAUGCUGAUUGCUAAUGCAGGAGAUUCGCGUGCUGUAUUGGGGAAACGGGGCAGAGCUGUUGAACUUUCCAAAGACCAUAAACCAAACUGCACAUCUGAAAGAUUAAGAAUUGAAAAACUGGGUGGUGUCAUCUAUGAUGGAUACCUCAAUGGCCAACUAUCAGUGGCUCGUGCUCUUGGAGAUUGGCACAUAAAAGGUAGUAAAGGUUCCAAGAGUCCUUUAAGCUCCGAGCCGGAGGUAGAGGAUAUUGUUCUGACCGAAGAAGAUGAGUUUUUGAUAAUGGGUUGUGAUGGAUUAUGGGAUGUGAUGAGCAGCCAGUGUGCUGUGACAAUGGUGAGGAAGGAGCUCAUGCAGCAUAAUGAUCCCACCAAAUGUGCAAAAGUACUUGUUGCUGAAGCCCUCCAACGCAACACAUGUGACAACCUCACAGUUGUGGUUGUGUGUUUCUCCAAAGAUCCACCUCCUAAAAUUGAAAUUCCUAGAUCAUAUAGGAGGAGGAGUAUUUCUGCUGAAGGCCUUGAUCUUCUCAAGGGUGUCUUGAAUGGUAGAUGA